AUGUCACCUUACCCGGAAAGUAGAGCAUCUUAUUCAAGUGUACAUAUAGAUUCGGGUGACGAUGAGGAUAUCGAAAAUGUAGAAACACAAGCCAUUAUUGCCGAUAUGACAUUAGAUAGCGACGAAGAAGAAUUAGAUAGUGAUCUAGACGAAGGCAUGUUCAUUGAGGAUGAAGACGAUGAUGAAGACGAAGAACCAGAUAUACCAUUAUCAUUGGGCUAUUAUGCCGCAAAUAAUAAUCGUUGGUCUUCAGAUGAAGAUGAAGAGGAAGAAGAAUUUGAUUAUACGACUGCUUUACCUAGCGAUGAAGAUGGCAAUAUUUCAGACGACUCAGAAGAAGAUAAACAAGUCAAUCCGUUUUUACCACUACUGGAUAGUGAAGGUAAUAUAUAUGACAGUAUCGCUGCUGCAUUUAUGCAGUCAUUUGCUCCCAUUUCAACAGACACUGGAGGAGAUACAACCAAUGGGAUAAACACCCCUGCCUUGGGUGAAGAGUAUCAAUUAUCGCCUUUUGAGCUUGCUCAAGCAUUGAAUGCACUUUCUGCAGAAACAUCAAGGCAACAUAAUCAAGAUUUUUUGAGAAGGCCCUCAUUACCUAGUAAUGCAGUGUCUGCAGCACAAAGACACCGUGGAUCUCAGGAUUUUAAUACCUCAGAAGCCUUAAGAGCAUUGUCCGUUCUGGUGACCGAUGAUCUUUCUUUGGCUCCUCUUCAGCCUAUACACGAAGAUUUGGAAAUGGAAUCAUUGAAUGAUACACCACCGAUGCAAUCCCCUAUAGAUAAUUCAUCACCUCCAUCUACCAACGACCAAAUUCAGGAUGCGAUUAACGAGAGUAUUGAAAACAAUAAGAAACGCGGCCUAUUGAACGAGGAAGAUAGUGGUGGUCAUAGCAAAAAGCGUAGAAUAUCAAGGUCAAAUUCACUCAAUCAGGACUCAGUGGCUGUGUCAAUGGAUGAUUUGGUCGAUACAUCUCAAUUAUAUACAAGGUCACUCUCAAGGUCUCCUUCUCCCGAAGUAGAAGAUGAUCCUUAUUCAAGAGAUUUAAGUCGUUGGCAGCGUAUUCCCAUUGGUGCUUUCCGUUUGAUGCGAUCCAGAAAUAAAUUAUGGCUUGAACGUUAA